AUGGAUCCACCCGCGCAACCCGGACAGGAAGGCCAAGGCCCACGCCCAUCCAACAAGCGUCUUCAACAGACUCAAGCUCAGGUCGAUGAGGUCGUUGGCAUCAUGAAGGUGAGGGUUUUGUACUUUUUUGUUGUUUUUAGUGAAGUUGUGGCAUUUGUCAAAGUCUUACCUAAAUUAUUAGGCUUGUGUUAGUCUAAACCGUAUUUUUUCGAUUAGUUUGAGUAAGAAAGACUGGUGUUAUGAUAGGUUUACUUAAGUUUUUGCUUUUUUCAUCGAGUUUAAUGAAGAUAUGCUAACACUUUUGGAAAAAAAGAUGCUUCAUGAAGUUUUCUAUUAAUUUUUAAACAAAUUCUAAGAAAAUAUGGAAGUUUUAUUGUUUUUGGAAGUAAAAUUUGAUCUCCGACUUGAAGAAUUGGGUGGUUUAAGAAAAGUUAAAGCAGUUUUUUUGCGAAAUUUCGUGUGAUUCAUAAGGAUUUAUUGUUUACAAACCCUCGUGAUUCAUCAGAAAUAUUAGUUUUGACAUGAAUUGUGUGGUUUUUGAUAAUAGAAUAGGUAGUAGAAUAGUUUUAUGUUAAUAUUAACAAAAAUGAAUUCAAAACAUAAAAUAACGAGGGAAAUGGCAUACAACAUGAAGCAUAAGUACAUUAUUGGUAGAGCAAGAAAAAAAUUUUUUAAUUAACAGUCACAUUAUGACUUUAAAAAGUAAUGGAAACUUUUCAGGUUAACGUGGAGAAGGUGUUAGAACGUGAUCAGAAGCUGUCCCAAUUGGACGAUCGUGCCGAUGCUCUGCAGGAAGGCGCUUCUCAAUUCGAGAAAUCGGCCGCGACUCUGAAGCGCAAGUACUGGUGGAAGAAUAUCAAGAUGAUCAUCAUCAUGUGCACCAUUGUCGUCCUGCUGGUCAUCAUCAUUGUGAUCUGGGCCGGCGGAAACAAGUAG